AUGCUGGGUGCUGUGAUAGGACGCCGACAAGGUGGCGGACGUGGACAUUCUGGCGAGUACGAUAGAAAGCCCCCCAUGGGAGGACAAGGAGGCCACGGUGGCAAUGGACAACAAGGAGGCUAUGGAUCACAUGAAGGCCAUGGUGGGCCCCAGGAUUUGGACAACAAGGAGGGUUCGGUGGUAGCGCAGGCUAUCCCGGAGGCCACGGAGACCUAG